GGAGUUUUCAAACGUGUACUUUGGUUCUGUGUGAACAUUUUCAUGAGAAUAAUUACUACAUUGCAGCUUGUGUAUGGUGGGGUAUAAGACACGGAACCACCAUUCAAGUUUUCUUCUCGUAAAACUCGCGAAUCUUCCUCCGAGUCUCCUGAUCCUCUCUUUCAAAGGCAGCAUCGUCUUUGAUGGGGGGGUCGAAGGAUUUGUUGAACGUUGUUCCCGGCUCUACCAUCUUAUCUCUGCUUUCCCAAAUAUCCUCGGAGCUUGGUUGGCCUCGACCAUACUUGGCUGCCUCCUUCUUCCGGAAAUGAUCUUUGAUGGCUUCAGCGCGAAGCUUUGGAUCCCAAGACUUGGUGCGCAUGCAAAACCAAAAGUCGUCCCAGAGCUCGGUGCACUGUCUUACACCACCGUACCGGUAAACAGAGUUGACCUGGGAGCCGGGGGUGUGGCAAUGCCAGGCAUAGUCAAAAGCAUCCUGACACGACAUGGUUGUUGGAAGAAGAGCCUCGGACAUGGCGAUAGAGGCUUCAGAGCGCUUGUCUUUGGGCGGUGGGGGAGGGGUCUCAGGCGCUGGCGCUGAAAGCCAACUGGGUACCCACGAUGAUUUGGCGGCGUCUGAAUCUGUUGAAGACGGAGGGGAAGCGGCGUGAGAGGAAGAAGGGUUGGCUGCCGCUUGGAUUUCGCGGAGAAAUUUGGAAACCUCCUCAUCUGUUGAUGGCUUCCUUUCGCUGGCUGGAGGUUGUGGUUGCUGAGUUGCAGAGUGGUGAGAGGCUUCGGAAGCCUUUGGUGAGGGGGACGGCGAGGUCCAGAACCAACCCAUGAUGGUCUCUUGUUGAAGGUCCUGAAGAUGGAUGCAGUUAGUGCAGGAGAUGAAGACUCGUGCAACCUAAUCAGAGGUUAGUGAGGGCUCAUUUGAAGAGGACGUCAAGUGAGGGGUACGCGGAACAUGAGGAGGGGACGGGAAGAUGGUACCUGAUAUCAGUCUCGUGAUUCGCAACCUUCCAGUCACUUCAGCGUCUCUCAAACGCCAAAGACGGGAUGGCAAGCGGACAAGCCUUUUUGGAAAGCUGCCAAUCAGAAGCCCAGCGCAUCUUGCUGCGGGGCAUUGCUUGGCGCCGAGGCUUGAGGGGACGAUCAGCGACCCCAUCAAUGACCUCACUGACAGGGGCGGCGUUCCAAACCAUCGCAUGCGGAACCAAGCUGUCGGCCAGCCGGUCACCUUGGGCUUAAAUUCGUCGCAUCCCGAAAGCACUACUCUUGCAUCACAACGGCUGCGGCCUUUUGCCUUAUUGGUGCCAGUACGACGAUCAAAUGAUCUUGGAAACCUGCGACCUGAGCUGUAUUGA